UUUAAAUCCGCUUAAUUACCACAAAACCACACACUCUUUCAAACCGUCUUCUCCCACACACGCUCAAAGAGAAACAGAAACAGAAACAAGGGUUAACACUUUUCCCUCCACAAACUCAAUCUCUUCACUUUCACUUCCAAAACAACACAACCAUGGACGGACAUAAUCUUCCUUACAAUCCCCGUACUGUCGAUGAAGUCUUUCGGGAUUUCAAAGGUCGCAGAACUGCAUUAGUCAAAGCCCUCUCCACUGAUGUCGAUGAGUUCUUCCGGCAGUGUGAUCCCGAUAAGGAAAACCUCUGUCUUUAUGGAUCUCCCAGUGAGCAGUGGGAGGUGAAUCUACCAGCUGAGGAAGUGCCGCCGGAGAUUCCGGAGCCAGCAUUGGGUAUUAACUUUGCGAGAGAUGGGAUGCUAGAAAAGGAUUGGCUGUCUUUGGUUGCUGUACACAGUGAUGCUUGGUUAAUGUCUGUGGCUUUUUAUUUCGGUGCUAGGUUUGGAUUUGAUAAAGCGGAUAGGAAGAAACUAUUUGAUAUGAUAAAUGAUCUUCCCACAAUCUUUGAAACUAUUACAGGGGUUGUCAAGAAACAAGGAAAGGAAAAGUCGUCAUCGGUUUCUAAUAAUAGCAGUACCAAAUCUAAAGCAAACCCUGAGCAAGGUUCUGAACCUCAGGCAAAUUUUUCAAAACCAAUGGCAAUACAAAUGCAAGCAAAGGAAAAUGACGAGGAUGAUCUUGGCGUGGAUGAGGAAGAUGAGGAGGAUGAGGAAGAGCAGGAAGAGACUUUUUGCGGGGCAUGCGGAGAGAGCUAUACAACAAACGAGUUCUGGAUUUGCUGUGACAUUUGUGAGAAGUGGUUUCAUGGAAAAUGUGUGAAGAUUACUCCAGCAAGAGCUGAGCAUAUCAAACAGUAUAAAUGUCCAUCUUGCAGCCACAAGAGAGCUCGCCCUAGUGGAUUGAUAUAGGAGUUUGUGUAGAUUGGUGACUCUAAACUUGUCGGUUUUAUGACACUACUAAUUUGUUCAGUUGAUCAGGUUUAUAAGGCUUGCCUUUGAUUUUAAGGUACUCCAUGUUAUGUUAGGUACGUAUCGAAUUAUUCAGAAUCAGGAUAUUUACUUCUAAGAACAUGAUUAUUCAAUCUCUACCAAACUGCAAAUUCAA